CUCCGUGAAGUGAGAAACCGGGGGAUUCCACGCAGUGCUCCCGGACUCGGUGGGAAUAAUUCACUGCCUGAGAUCCGGUGAUUUUUUUUUUUUUUUGAUUUUGUAUUUUUGAUCUUCCUCCUGUUGUGCAGGGUUAGUGAGAGUGCUCACCGGCUGAGGCUGCUUCUCAGAGGAGCGAGGGGGCUGUUGCAAUGUCAUCUCGCACCACUGUUUUGGAGCUCUUAGGAAGGGAGAUGCUGGGAUGAAGUGGUUUGGCAGAAUGUCCCUCAGCAGCAAAAGGAGUAAGAGGAGGAGUAGAAGGAGCAGCAGCUGGAGCAGCAGCAGUGGUAGGAACAGCGCGCUGCUCUUCUUGGCCCUCCUGGUGGUGGUGACCCUGUUCGCCGACCCUGUGGUGGCCCAGAAGCAGCGGACUGGCGGCGCCUCGGACAAAGUGCCGGUCCUGAACAUUGCGGUGAUCCUGGGACGCACGCGCUACAUCUCCGAGAGGGACAUCCGGGCGCUGUGGAGCAAGGAGGACCCCAUUGACGUCAAUGUGGUCACACUGCUGGUCAACGAGACCGACCCGAAGAGCAUCAUCACUCACAUGUGCGACCUGAUGUCCGGGACCAAGAUGCACGGGGUGGUGUUUGGGGAUGGCACCGACCAGGAGGCCAUCGCCCAGAUUUUGGAUUUUAUUUCCACGCAGGCGCUCAUACCCAUCCUCGGCAUCCACGGAGGGUCGUCCAUGAUCAUGGCUGAUAAGGAUACGAAGUCGACCUUCUUCCAGUUCGGCGCCUCCAUCCAGCAGGAGGCUCUGCUGAUGCUGAACAUCAUGGAGGAGUACGACUGGCACAUCUUCUCCAUCGUCACGUCCAAGUUCCCCGGCUACCAGGAGUUCAUCAACAUCCUGAAAACGACCGUGGACAACAGUUUUGUGGGGUGGGACCUGCAGAAUAUCAUCGUGUUGGACGCGGUGGAGGAAGACAGUCGCUCUCAGAUCAUGCUGAAGAAGGUCCAGUCUCCAGUGGUCCUGCUCUACUGCUCCAAGGACGAGGCGGUCUACAUCCUGGACGAGGCCCGCUCCCUGGGCCUCACCGGAUUUGGAUACAUCUGGAUUGUGCCGUCGCUCACCACCGGGAACCCAGAGAUAACGCCCGAGGACUUCCCGUCGGGGAUGAUUUCGGUGUCGUACGACGACUGGGACUACCCGCUGGAGGCGCGGGUCCGCGACGGGUUAGGGAUCAUAACGUCGGCAGCGGCAGCCAUGUUGGAGGAGUACGGUGACAUCCCCGAAGCCAGAACCUCCUGUUACGGCCCGAUGGAGAAGGCGUCCAAGCUGCCGCCCAGCGCACUACACAAGUACAUGAUGAAUGUGACAUGGGACGGCAGAGACUUGUCGUUCACGGAGGACGGCUACCAGGAAUUCCCAAAGCUGGUGGUGAUUGUUCUGAACAAGGAAAGGGAGUGGGAGAAGAUGGGCAAGCUAGACAACCGCAGCCUGACACUGAAGUACCCGGUGUGGCCGCGCUUCAACUCCUUCGGAGACGCAGAGCUCGACGACAACCACUUGUCCAUCGUCACGUUGGAGGAGAAGCCUUUCGUUAUUGUGGAGGACGUGGAGAGGCUGACUGGUACCUGCAUGAGGAACUCUGUCCCCUGCAGAAAGCAUAUCAAAGAACGCAAUACAACGGAGGCUGGUGGGACAUACAUCAAGAAGUGCUGCAAAGGCUUCUGCAUCGAUAUUCUAAAGAAAAUCGCCGUGUAUGUGAAGUUCACCUAUGACCUGUACCUGGUAACCAAUGGCAAGCAUGGAAAGAAGAUAAACAAUGUCUGGAAUGGGAUGGUGGGAGAGGUGGUCUAUAAGAAAGCCGUCAUGGCCGUCGGAUCUCUGACGAUCAAUGAGGAGCGUUCUGAGGUCAUCGAUUUCUCCGUCCCGUUCGUGGAAACCGGGAUCAGCGUCAUGGUCUCCCGUAGCAAUGGAACAGUGUCCCCUUCAGCCUUCCUCGAGCCAUUCAGUGCAUCAGUGUGGGUCAUGAUGUUUGUGAUGCUCCUACUGGUCACUGCAAUGGCUGUCUUUAUGUUUGAGUACAUCAGUCCUCUGGGCUUCAACAGAAACCUGGCGCAGGGCAAAGACCCCCAUGGUCCUUCUUUCACCAUGGGCAAGGCCGUGUGGCUGCUCUGGGGUCUGGUCUUCAACAACUCUGUGCCGGUGCAGAACCCGAAGGGUACCACCAGCAAGUUCAUCGUGUCUGUGUGGGCCUUCUUCGCUGUCAUCUUCCUGGCCUCCUACACUGCCAACCUGGCCGCCUUCAUGAUCCAGGAGGAGUUCGUCGACCAAGUCACCGGGCUCUCCGACAAUAAGUUUCAGAACCCGUAUGCCUACUCGCCUCCGUUCCGCUUCGGGACGGUUCCCAACGGCUCCACCGAGAGGAACAUCAGGAAGAACUACCCUGCCAUGCACCAGUACAUGGUGAAAUAUCAUCAAACUGGUGUUGUGGAUGCACAACACCAGUUAAAAACAGGUAAACUGGAUGCCUUCAUCUACGAUGCUGCAGUGUUGAACUACAUGGCGGGCAGAGAUGAAGGGUGUAAGCUGGUGACCAUUGGCAGCGGGUACAUCUUUGCUACUACUGGCUACGGCAUUGCUCUACAGAAAGGCUCCUACUGGAAACGACAGGUGGACCUGGCUAUCCUGGCCAUUAUCGGAGAUGGUGAGAUGGAGGAACUAGAAGCCCAGUGGCUGACGGGUAUUUGCCACAACGAGAAGAACGAGGUGAUGUCCAGUCAGCUAGAUGUGGACAACAUGGCUGGGGUCUUCUACAUGCUGGCCACGGCCAUGGGGCUGUCGCUCAUCACCUUUGUCUCUGAGCAUCUCUUCUACUGGAGGCUCAGAUAUUGCUUCACCGGGGUCUGCUCCGGCACGCCUGGGCUUCUUUUCUCCAUCAGUCGGGGUAUCUGGAGUUGUAUCCAUGGAGUCCACAUCGACAUGAAGAAGAAGACGGAUAUGGACUUUAGCCCUCAAGACAAAAUGCUUAAGCUAAUAAAGUCAGCCAAACAGAUGACCAACAUGUCUAACCUGGCAGGGUCUCGCUUGAACUCACCCAAACGUGAGUUCAUGCACUCUGCUGGCCCAAUGAUCAUGGACAUGAUGGCAGAGAAGGGCAACUUCAUCUAUGCUGACAACCGAAGCUAUGCUCCCAAAGAUAUGAUCUAUGGGGACACUGGUGACCUGCAGGCUUAUCUUGCCAACCGCCACAAAGACCACCUUAACAACUACAUCUUCCAGGGAGGCCAGCAUCCUCUGACCCUCAACGAUGCCAAUCCCAACUCAGUAGAGGUGGCAGUGAGUGCUGAUUCAGUCCAGACAAAUGCCAAGCCGCCACGGACCCUGUGGAAGAAGUCGGUGGACACGCUACGUUCGGCCCCACCUGGCCCCCCUCCAAUGCCUGACAUGCUGAUGCCAGAUCCACGCAUGUCGAUGAAGACGCAGCGCUACCUCCCAGAGGAAGCAGCCCACUCUGACAUCUCCGACUGCUCCAGUCGGGCAGCCUCCUACAAGGACCCAGAAAACAACAAGCACCUGAAACCCAAGGACAACUUAAAAAAAAGAGCUGUGGCAUCAAAAUACCCAAGGGAUUGCAGUGAGUUGGAGCUGUCCUACUUAAAGACUAAGCAGGUCCCCGGCAGUUCCAACCACACUGGGAGAGGAGGAGGAGGAGAGAAAAUCUACACUAUCGACUCAGACCGAGAGAUGAGCCUGCAUUCAGACCCCGUUCUCUAUCGCGAGAGUCGUGGCCUUGCUGCAGAUGAUUUGGAAUACCCUGAGAUCUACUCCGACCACAGUGACAACUACAGGAAGUGUGAGCAGCCCAUCAUUCAUUUGAACUCCUCACCAUUGCAUCAUACAGACUCUGAUCUUCUACCAGACCCAGCUUACUCCAAACACUACAACCUGAAAGAGAAAAACCUGUCUCCACAUGAAUCCAUGGAUCGGUACAAACAGACCCACUGCCGUUCCUGCUUGUCCAAAGUGACCGCUAGCUACCCACCAGCAGGGUCAUACCCACCUCCUGGACCUGCUGCAGCUUCUGCCUCACGCUCACCCUAUAAUCGGUGUGAAGCAUGCCUCCACAUGGCCAACCUGUAUGACAUUAGUGAAGACCAGCUCCUCACAGAUCCCUUGGUCAGCCCCACCUUGCACCACCAACAGCAGCAGGAGACAGACGAAAUGUUUGGUCUGUAUUGGCCACAGACAGAUGGGCCACAUGUCCAAAAGAGGAAUCGCUUGAGGCUGAGUCGUCAGCACUCCUUUGACAACAUCAUGCUAGAAAAACCCAAGGAUGUAGACCUGAGCCGACCGGCGCGCAGUGUCAGCCUGAAAGAGAAGGAUCGCUUCCUAGACUCCGCAUCUGACUCGCACUAUGCGAACCUCUUUGGAAUGCGUCCCUAUUCCGGCAGACUGUUUGGCACUGGGUCCAAAUCAAUGUUUAACCACAACCUGGAGGAGAGCAAGAGGAGCAAAUCCCUGUACCCGUCCCAUGGCUCGGAAAACCCAUUCCUCAGCCACUCGCUGAGGGAUGACACCAGCAGCAGACUGGUCCAUGGGCGUAGUUCCUCUGAUAUUUACAAACAGCUGGCAGUAGCUUCACCUGCAGCGGUCCUUGGAGCACCCCCCAUCAAAACACGUAAUGAUGCGAACAAUCUCCGCUCUUCCGUUAAAUCCACCACUUCAUACUGCUCACGGGACGGGCGGAUAACUAACGACAUGUACAAUAAAGAGCAUGUGAUGCCUUACUCAGCCACUAAGACUAAUGCAUACCCGGCCCCGCGUGGCGUCCUAAACUCAGCCCAGUUCAGCAAUAGACGGGUGUAUAAAAAAAUCCCCAGUCUGGAGUCAGAUGUUUAGUUGAUAGAAGAAAUAAUGUGUUCUCUCCUCCUUACUCCUCUCUGGGUUUGUAUUAUAAUUUAUCAACUAUGUUAUCCACUAAGGGAUGCCAGAGCCACACUACAUUUUUCUUCUUCUCUUUGACAUUGUAACCCAAAAGAACUUGUGCCCACUUUGGUAUGACAGUGCUACUACUACUCUCUUUGCAGAUGGUAUCACCAUUUCUGUCCACUCUCUGCCAUGCACCAAUGGGUUGGAUGCAUGGCCGACACUAUGCCAUAAGUUAUCUGGGUAUAAAUGGAAGUGGAAUAAACUACCCAUUCAUUUUGCAAGGGGGUAGGAAAUGGCAUAGUCCCAUUUGUGGGACCAAGAAGGCCAAAGGAACAAUAAGGGAAGGAACCCUGCGAGAGCUGUUGGGGAAGAGGCAGUUGAUCUGGGAGUGAAAUUAGUGAGGAAGUAGAGAGGAGGACGGGGGAAAUUAUAUGAGAAGAAAAUUAGAGGGAGAGAUAAAGAGAGAAAAACUCUCCUUCAAUUGCUCCUAAUUCUCCCCUUUUUCCUUUCCACCUCCACCAUCAAGCUUAGGGCUCACUAGGUGAGGAGAAGAGCCCUGACAGGGAGACCAGAUGGGCACGUUUGGUGUCGCUGCCAGACAUGUAGAUGUCCCAGGAGGGCAGGGACGUCACAGUGAGCUAGUCCAACGGUCUGCUGCUUGUUAGGCUGACAAAUAUGGCCACUGAGACACCUGGCAUUGCGAGAGGAGAGAGAGGAGAAAGCAGAUGAGACGCUAAAUGGCAGCGAGUGGAGCAUCCAGUCAUUUUUGGCGGUAUCGUGUGCUUACUCAGAAUUUGUUAGGCCCAGGUUUUGCCCACGGUAGUAAUGGAGAACUGAGAGUAAUGCAGGUGCUAUCAUAGAAUAAUGUUUACAGGCUGACGGAUAAAAAAGACGAAACGAAGAGAGACAAGCAGGGACACCUGAGGCAAUUAAUGGGCAUUUCAUUUGUGGCACUGCACAUAGAAAAAUAAUUGCAACGUAUUGCUUUUUUAUUAUAUUAAACUAUAAGAUUUAUUGGGGAUUCUGGCAUCCGGAUCCCCUUAUGUAAGAUUUUAGUGUUUGCUUAUUUGGUAGCACAAUAGCCAUUAGUUUUAAAUCCUCUCUUCCACCUUUGCUUUUAAAAAAAAAGCAUAGCUUUUUGAAAAAUACCAUCAAGUGUAGUAGAUUAUUUUGCAUGGGUUGAUUUUAUUUGUGUCGGAUGUGAGAAAAUACACACAUACACUCACAGACACCUAUUUUACAUGUUUUUGAAAAGGUCUUGCUAGAUAGGGUGGAUGGAUACUUGUACAAUCGAAACCUUGAUCCUUGACCUUUGUGCUUAGUGAAACAGUGUCAUGCUGUGACUCCUGCUUCCAAAAGAGCAAGAGAAUGUUGGAAGGAAAGAUAGCAAAGAAGGAUAUAACAAGGGAGAAAAGAUAAAAUGACAACUGGGUCCAGCACCACCUCAAGUUGGGGAGGGGAUGGGCACUAAGGUGUUUUUGUCUUUUGACCUCCCUGCCACUGAGAAACAGGGUAUUGACUGUAAAAAAACAACACACUGACAUGUCCUUCCUACUUUUCUCCUUCCUCCUUCCUUUUCUCAAUCAACAUGACACUGUGUUAGAGUGUUGGAUUAUUGUAGAACACCUUCACUUCAUUUCUAUGGGUUUUGGUGAAGUUGAGCUCUGGUUUGUCGGUUGGUACGGCAGAAGCAGUGCUAUACAGUAUCUAACGACUACAGACUAAGCAGGGGGAGGGGAGGGGUUAUGAUGAUGUUGAUCCUCCUCCGACCAGGCUCUUGAGGAUCUAAAGACAGUUGAGGUGGAUCCCUUGUUUACCUUCACAGUGUUGUUUG